CACAUCACCGGUAUGAUCAUUGAUAACCAACUAAACCACGAGCCUAAACCAAAACAAUCAAGAACAGCGACAUUAAACCAGUCCGGUUAUCAAACUAUGUCUCUCUCCCUCUUUCUCUCUCUGUGUCUCUCUCUUUACCUUUCUCUUUCUUAUUUUUGCAUCACUUUCCCUCUCAUUCUUUCUUUCUUAUCUCUCUCUCUCUCCUUCAUUGCCUCGUGACUGCAACCAAAUCACUUUUUAAAAACCCGCCGCACUUCUCAUGAGUCUUCUUCUUCUCCUUCUACUACUUUCAUCAUCGUCAUCACCGUCGUUAACUCUAUAACUCCGGGCCGAUCUUCAUCUCCGCCAUGCGCUCGCCGCAUGGUUUCCGUAACGGCGGCGAAUCUCCGACAUCCAGGGACCGAACUCACUUCCACUCAACCGUCACAGCUCAGAAACUCCGCCGAUUCAACUCUUUAAUCUUCCUCCUCCGCCUCGCUUCUUUCUCCUUCUCCCUCGCCUCAGCCGUCUUUAUGCUCACCAAUUCCCGCGGCUCCGGUUCUCCUCACUGGUACGAUUUCGACGCUUUCAGAUUCGCGUUUGUGGCAAACGCGAUCGUGGCGUUAUAUUCGGUGUUUGAAAUGGGGACUUGCGUUUGGGAAUUCUCAAGAGAAACCACCUUAUGGCCUGAAGCUUUCCAGGUCUGGUUCGAUUUUGGCCAUGACCAGGUGUUCUCGUACCUAUUGCUAUCGGCAGGAUCAGCAGCAGCAGCAUUGGCUAGAACGAUGAGGGGAGGUGACACAUGUACGGCUAACAAAGCCUUUUGUUUGCAGUCUGAUGUAGCCAUUGGUUUAGGCUUUGCUGCUUUUCUCUUCUUAGCUUUCUCUUCUUGCUUCUCUGGUUUUCGAGUCGCUUGUUUCCUUAUUACUGGCUCUCGUUUUCACCUUUACUGAUUGAUGAUAGAUUCUUUAAUGACAAUAAUAAUAACAUAGAGUCGUUUUGUU